AGAGAGAGAGAGAGAGAGAGAGAGAGCGCGCGCGAUGCAGAGAGUGCUCUUGGGGACCGUCCACGAAAGAAGAAAAUUUUGCUUACGAUCGUCGCCACUAAUUAUGGCAUCGUUUUGAUGUGCAGCGCGCAAGCGACGAACAAUGUUUGCGCUGGAAUUGCUGUGAAGUUUGACCGCCGACAAAGUGUGCGCUGGUGCGCUCGGGGCAAGCUCGCGCGUUGUUUACUUACUGAUCCGCUCGCUCGGACCGCAGACAGACCCUUGCCGGAGGACGCAACUCGAUAAGAUAAGAGGUGGUCGAUCGGUCUCGUCGAACGAACGGAGUCGCAGGCGGUCCAAGUCCCCAUUGAACAAGCGCAGCGAAAGAUUAGAUACGCACACCUGCUGUACUCGGAUUAGGAGGGCGGUUAGGGCGCUAUUCGGGAGUCCCACUAGCCAGUCACAGCAAGUGCCAGCCAGAGGACGGUUCUGGUGAACCAGCAGAAAGUGCCAGUGAACUUUGCACCCCCAACCAUCAGCCGAAAGGAAGCAUGAGCACCACCGGCGGGAUGAAGAAAUUUGGCGACCUCGUUGGCUCGAUCGAUGAGGGCACCAGCUCGGCCCGGUUUCUGCUGUUCCGGGCGGAGACGGCCGAGGUGGUGUGCUUCCACCAGAAGGAGCUGCGCCUGAUCUGCCCCCAGGAGGGUUGGGUCGAGCAGGAUCCGCACGAAAUCCUGAGUGUCGUGUACGAGUGCAUCGAGCGCACGCUGGAAAAGCUGGUCGAGCUGGGCGGCAAUCCGCAGACCGACAUCGUGGCGAUCGGUGUGACGAACCAGCGCGAGACGACGAUCGUGUGGGACCGCACGACCGGCGAACCGCUGUACAAUGCGAUCGUUUGGCAGGACAUGCGCACGUCCUCGACGGUGGACCAGCUGCUCGAGACGGUACCGAACAAGACGAAGAACAAAAACUACCUCAAACCGCUGUGCGGGCUGCCGCUGUCGCCGUACUUCUCGGCCGUCAAGCUGCGCUGGCUGCUCGACAACGUGCCGAAGGUGAAGGCGGCGGUCCGCGGCGGCAGCUGCCUGUUCGGCACAGUCGACACGUGGCUGAUCUGGAACCUGACCGGCGGUCCGGACGGGGGCGCCCACGUCACGGACGUGUCGAACGCGUCCCGCACCAUGCUGAUGAACAUCGAGACACUGAAGUACGAUAAGGCGCUGAUGAAAUUCUUCGACGUGCCGCUGGAAAUACUGCCCACCAUCCGGUCCAGCUCGGAGGUGUACGGGCUGAUCAAGUUUCGGCCGCUGCAGCACAUCCCGCUGGCCGGCUGCCUGGGUGACCAGCAGUCGGCACUGGUCGGGCAGGAGUGUUUGACGCGCGGACGGGCCAAAGCAACGUACGGGACGGGAUGCUUUUUGCUGUACAACACCGGGACGGCGGUGAUCGACUCGUACCACGGGCUGAUCUCGACCGUCGCCUACCAGAUGGGACCGGACGCACUGCCCGUGUACGCGCUGGAGGGUUCGGUCGCGGUGGCCGGUGCCGCCCUCGGCUGGUUGCGCGACAAUCUGAACCUGAUCGGGGGCGCCUCCGAGUCGGAAUCGGCCGCACUGGAGGUGGAGAACAAUGGGGACGUGUACUUUGUGCCGGCGUUCAGUGGGCUGUACGCACCGUACUGGGAUCCGGAGGCGCGCGGUGUCAUCUGCGGCAUCACGGAGGACACGCAGCGGGGGCACAUCGUGCGGGCGGCACUGGAGGCGGUCUGCUUUCAGGUGCGCGACAUACUGGACGCGAUGAACAAUGACAGCGGCACGCCGCUGCAGAAGCUCAAGGUGGACGGUGGCAUGACGGCGAACGCGACCAUGAUGCAGUGGCAGGCGGACCUGAUCGGGCUGGACGUGUUGAAGCCCAAGUUUGUCGAAACGACGGCACUGGGUGCUGCCAUGGUAGCGGGACGUGCGGUUGGCAAGUGGGACAUCGAGAACGUGAGCGUGGAAAGCGACAGUACCGUGUUUAAGCCACAAAUCAGCGAAAACGAGCGGGACGUCCGGUACAAGCGGUGGAAGAUGGCCAUCGAACGGGCGGUCGGUUGGGACAAGUGUCUGUGAAUUGGAGUAGCCACGCGUUUGCCGAGCGCAGCGGAGUGGAGAAUGGAAUUUUUAUUAUUAUUUCUUUACACUGGACGAUAACUGGCAGAUAAGGUUGAAACAGUAAGGGGGGAAGGUUGUAGUUAUUGUGGUAGCGACACCUAAUUUUAAUUAAGUAAAAUCAAAGCGCAUUACGAAAAUAAACGCAUAAAAUUGGAAA